AUGAAGAAGACGGUGGAAGACAUGAAGAGGAGGAGGAGCGUUGGUCCUCCUUCAAAUGCAAACUCUGCCCGUGAUGAAGACAUGAUUGUGGACGUCAGUGAAAAUGACGAAUCUGGGACAAUACACGAAAGGAUGACUGUACAACGACAGUCAAGCCAAGGAACUGCUGACUUCUCAGAAGAGGGAAGUGAUAAAGAGAAUGAAGGUGCUUUCAGUUCACAGCAUGAUU